AUGUCCGACCCCGAAGCCUUCACCCCCGUCACUUCCUCGAGCCAUCACAAAGUCGGCCGACGAUCGGGAAGCCAAUCAAUGGCUUCCAAAAUCCCGAUCCGUCGCUCCCAGGCCGCUCUCCGCCGUCAAUAUCCCGGCCUAGCGUUACCCGUCACAACAAAGCGGCAACGGUACGUCUUCAACAACACCCCCACAACAGCAACAAGCUACCGAAUUGACCCAGUGGCGCCCUCCCCCAAUUCGCCGCCGCGCGCGGACCUCGACAUCGUCGACGAAAAUCCGUCAAGCGCUACCGCAACCGCUACUUUCUGCGCCGGCGACCCUCGUCGAGCGUAUCCCGGACCCGACUCCUCAAAGCCCGAACCUUUGCAAAAACUACAAAUAGCGCGAGAAGCCCAAAAAAAGGACCAAACCAUCGCUCAAACUUCCCCCCAGAAAACCAAGUCCUGCCAUCGCAAGCACCACUCCGGACGUCAGCUUGCCUACCCCCCGAAAAAGCAUCCCUCGCCACGCCACGCCACGCUGCAGGCGAUGGCGGGGAACAGGGCCGGGGCGGUGGGGGACGAAGAAGGGGGGGGGAUCAUGAGGGGUGGCGCGACCUGA